AUGCUUCCCCGGCGCCUCCUGAGCCCGCGUGCGAUGCUGGCGAUGCCUCGGCCCCGGCAGUCUCGCAGUCAGCAUCUCCCGCUCCUGUCGGCCUCUCCAUCCUCGGCCUCUGCGCUAUCGCUUGACCGGCGGUUUUCUGCUGCUGCUCCCGGCCUGCCCUCUACGGACACCAAGAUGGCUGCGCCCAAGAUCACUCUCUACGUCGACAUCGUCAGCCCCUUUGCCUACAUCGCCUACCAUGUGCUGAGGAACUCCCCUGUUUUUGCAAAAUGCACCACGACGUACGUCCCUGUCCUGCUCGGGGCCAUCAUCCAGGCUACGGGGAACACUCCUCCAAUCCGUAUCAAAAACAAGGAUAAAUGGAUCAACGUGGAGCGCCUGCGCUGGUCAAAGCUACUGGGAGUUCCCAUUACUGAGGCUAUGCCAGACGGAUUUCCUGUUUUUACUCUAGCUGUCCAGCGGGCUCUCUGCGUCGUUGCGGCCGAUCACCCUGAAAAAUUGGCGAGCUGCAUUGAUGCGCUAUACAAUACGCUAUGGGUCAAUAGAGACUCGUCUGUUAUCAAACCGGAAGGUUAUGUGCCGGUGCUGGAGACUGUGAUUGGUAAAGACGCUGCGAUCAAAGUAGCGGAGAAGUCAAAUACUGCCGAAAUAAAGCAGAAGCUGAUAUCGAACACGGACCGGUCCGUUGAAUCCGGUGCGUUCGGCUUGCCGUGGAUGGAAUGCACCAACUCCAAGGGUGAGACUGAGUCGUUCUUUGGCGUAGAUCACCUUGGACAAGUCGUUGCUUUCCUGGGCCUGGACGGCACGCUUGGAAAGGGCUUUAAAGCAUUACUCUAG